AUGAGCUGCAAAUUGUCUUUGUCCAUGUCACCUCAAACUGAGGAGGAGUUGGCUUAUAUAUCUAUGGUCCCUUAUGCCAACGCUGUUGGAUGUUUGAUGUAUGCUAUGGUCUGUACUAGGCCUGAUAUUGCGCACGCUGUCAGUGUUGUGAGUAGGUUCAUGGCUCGUCCUGGGAGAGAGCACUGGCAGGGGGUGAAAAGGAUUUUUCGCUAUUUGAGAGGGACAACUGAUAUUGGUCUUGUGUAUGGGAAUGGUAAGGAGUGUUUGGUAACUGGAUAUAGUGAUUCUGAUUAUGCAGCUGAUGUGGAUACCAGGAGGUCGGUGACUGGGUAUGUGUUUACUCUGGGCGGUUCUGUGGUUAGUUGGAAGUCUACAUUGCAGUCUUCGGUUACGUUGUCUACUACUAAAACUGAGUACAUAGCUUUAACUUCUGCAGCUAAGGAGUCUAUAUGGCUAAAAGGCCUUGUAGGUGAACUGGGUAUCGCAUAG